ACAAUAACCUGUACUUACAUGCAUGUUAAGUGCUACUAACUUGUUGUUAUGUUAGUAAAGUACUUAUUUUUUAUAACUCAUCAAAUCUGUCAGUGACAGACAGACUUUUGAUCAGGGAGCUAGCUAGGAUAGGACACCGCAAGUUUUGGUUUGUUAUUUAUAGAGUGCAGGGGCUUUUGGGCUAGCUCCUGCCACCUACCUUCCCCGUAUGGCCACCGCCCCAUUUAGAUUCUGUUCCUCCUAAAUCUCCUCCCCAUUGGCCGGCCCCCUGCGCUUCACAAAAUAGCUUUCUGCCUCACAGCAAGCCUGUCUGUCUCACAAUCAAGGAGCCUGCCUCUGAGGUGGUUGCAACUUGCUUUGGCACCAGGAUUUGGAUUUCUCUUGGAGGCAAGAUUGGCUGAGACGGACCGCAGAUUGUGAGAUCCAAUCCAACAACCGAAUCCAAUCUAAUCCAAUCAGAGAAAAAAAAAAGAAGAAAGACGGCGAAGGCCUUUGUCUGUGUGGCACCACAUCUUGGCAUCAGGGGAAAUGGGGCUGUCAAUCUCAUACCCACCGGACGACUACCUGCCAGCAGUGGAGGACAACAUGGGGCGGCUCUUCAUCCGGUCUCUCAGCUUCGACGACAUGGAGGCCGACGCCGAGUCGCCUUUGUCUUCGCCUUCGACUUCGCCUUCGGCAUUGCCCCCCGCCUUUGCCUCCGGGAAGCUCAUCAUAGAAGGCUCCCUGAGCUUCAAAAGGAGAGAGGCUGACAGCAUUCCGAUGCAGAAUGUGUUGUCCAUCAGGAGUCCUAAACCUCCUGAUAGAGAAGCUUGCAACAUCAUCUGUGCUGGUGCUGCUACAGCUACUUGUGGCUCAUCAAGAUUCGGGCCAAUCGGGGACCGUCCACCAGAUUUUGAUUACCCCAUGGUCGGAAUGGACAGCCCCAAGCACCAGGCCGCGGCUGUCAGGCUGCAGAAGGUGUACAAGAGCUUCAGGACAAGGCGGCAGCUUGCGGAUUGUGCUGUUCUUGUGGAACAACGAUGGUGGAAGUUGCUUGACUUUGCACUGCUCAAGCGGAACUCGGUGUCAUUCUUUGACAUAGAGAAGCCUGAGACUGCUGUCUCAAAAUGGUCCCGGGCAAGAAUGAGGGCUGCCAAGGUUGGCAAAGGUCUCUCCAAGGAUGAAAAGGCCCAGAAACUUGCGCUGCAGCACUGGCUCGAGGCGAUUGACCCUCGACAUCGUUAUGGCCACAACCUGCACUUCUACUACCACCGCUGGCUCCAUUGCCAGAGCAAGCAACCAUUCUUCUAUUGGUUGGAUGUGGGAGAAGGGAAAGAUGUCAACUUAGAGGAGCAUUGCUGUAGAUCGAAGUUGCACAAGCAAUGUAUCAAGUACCUUGGCCCUAAAGAAAGGGAAAAUUAUGAAGUGAUAGUCGAGGAUAAGAGGCUGAUGUACAAGCUGAGCCGUCAGAUAGUCGACACGACGGGAAGCGCCAAGGGGACCAAGUGGAUCUUUGUGCUCAGUACCUGCAAGACUCUUUACAUAGGCCAGAAGCAGAAGGGCGUAUUCCAGCACUCAAGCUUCCUUGCAGGGGGGGCCACAUCUGCUGCAGGAAGACUGGUUGUGGAGGAUGGAAUUCUCAAGGCUGUGUGGCCUCACAGUGGGCAUUAUCGGCCGACGGAGCAGAACUUUCAGGAGUUCAUGAACUUCCUCAAGGACAGGAGUGUGGAGCUUACCGAUGUGAAGUUGAGCCCAUCUGAAGGUGAAGAAGACGGUGACUUCAGCCUGAGAGGCAGCCACUCUCAGCUGGACCUGACCCAACUCUGCCAGCAAGAAGAGAGCCAUGGUGAACAGGAGGCAGAAUCUGAUCAACGCCAUGGCAACGCCGAAGCCGAAGCCGAGACGUGCAGCCACGACGAAGCCACAUCUACAGAGACGUGCAGCACGCCGUCGCCAGCGACGGCGACGACGAUGAGGAAGAGCUCCUCAGACAACAGGCUGCAAGGGAAGCGGCCACCCAGGCUGCUGAUCAGCUCCAACAACAACAUAGCACCGCUGCCGCCCACCGCGCACAGCAGCAGCGGCGGCGGCAACGCGGGCAGGGCGCCGUCGCCCGGCGUGAAGGAUGUGGAGCCGGACUCGGCCAUGCUGGGCGAGUGCCUCGACUUCUGCAAGCGGAACCUGUUCGCGGAGGACGGCGGGUACGAGGACCAGUACCUGGACGACCUGGCGGAGGUGCCGGAGGCGCUCAUCCUCAGCCGCAUCAACUCCAAGCGGGCCAUGCACUCGUACCAGCUCGGCAAGCAGCUGCACUUCCACUGGAGCACCGGCGCCGGGCCCCGGAUCGGCUGCGUCCGCGACUACCCGUCCGAGCUCCAGUUCCGGGCGCUCGAGGAGGUCAGCCUGUCGCCACGGGGCAGGCCGCCGAGGUUCCCGUCGCCCAGGCCAGGCGCGCUCACGCCCAACAGCAUCCCUGCCGCCAAGUGCGGCUCUCUCAUGGCGGAGGGAGACGGCAUGCACGUGUCGCUCAAGCCCAGGCAGAGGAGUGCCACUUGGACUGCAUUUUGAUUCCAUUUCCAUUCCAUUUCAUUUCAGAUACCAUACCAUACCAUGCGUGCGUGCUUCCUUCCUUCCUUCCUUCCUUCCUUCCUUCCUUCCUUCCUUCAUUUCAAUAGCAUGCUCCUUCACGUACGUAGACGAGGAUAGAAGGAUCAGCAUUAACAAUGCCGUUGUAAUGGUCCUGGUAGGUUGAUGAGCAAGCUCUUGCUGUUUUGUAAGUGCAUGGAAAGAGCAAAUAUCAAGUCUAACUUCAGUGAAA